GCGGGCCGGGGCGCAGCGUGCGGGCGGCGCGGGGAGCGGGGCCGGGGCGGCCGCCAGCAGCCGCGGCGCUCCGGGGGCUGCUCGCGGCGCCGGGCAGGGGUCGGCCUCCGGGCAGCCCUUCCCCUGGACACGGGCCAGCUGCUCCAGGGCGCCCUGAGGAGAAAGCCGGGGUGUAGCGGCCCUUCCCGCCCGCCUGGCGAGGCCCCUACCCCGGAACCGGGGACACUCGGGGCCGGAGCGCCGGCGGAGGCAGCCGGGCUCAGCCGGCAGCCCCGGUCGCCAGGCAGAGCUCUGGGCCAUUAACAAGAUCCCUGGGACCUACUCUGAGCACGUGGCUCUCCAAGGGGCAUCACUUGUGAGCACUUUAUUUUGGGCAUGUUCUCAGAGUUGAAGUUCCCUGUGCCCUGGGGCCAUGUGGCAGCCAAGGCCUGGGGACCCUCUGAUGGACACCCUGUGCUGUGCUUGCACGGCUGGCUGGACAACGCCAACACCUUUGACAAGCUCAUUCCACUGCUUCCCAGAGAUUACUAUUAUGUGGCAAUGGAUUUUUCUGGCCAUGGUUGGUCAUCCCACCGACCUGCAGGCUCCCCUUACCAUUUUCUGGAUUACGUGAGCGAUGUGCGCCGGGUGGUGGCAGCCUUGCAGUGGAGACGGUUCACCCUGAUGGGUCACAGUAUGGGUGGGUCUGUGGCAGGAAUGUUCUGUUUCCUUUAUCCUGAGAUGGUGGACAAGUUGAUCCUGCUGGAAAAUCUUGGCUUUCUGCUAGCUCCAGAGGACACUGAGGCGUGGCUGAAAUCAAAACGGAUCAUGAUUGACAGAUUACUGAGUCUAGAGGCAAAGCAGCAAACUCCCAAAGCACGCAGCCCUGAAGCAGCAUUGCAGAGGCUCUUAGAAGCAAACAGACAUCUGACAGCAGAGAGUGGGGCAAUCCUGCUGCAGCGAGGAGCAACUGAGACACCCGCUGGGCUGGUGUAUAACAGAGACAUGAGAGCCCGUACGCAGAGUCAAGAGUUCUUCACGGUGGAGCAGUGCCUGAAGCUCCUGCGGAAGAUUCAGGACCGUGUUCUCAUCAUCGUAGCACGAGAUGGACUCUUGGUACCGCGCAAGCUAGACCACAGCAAUCACUAUGUGAAAGCCCUGCAGGAGGCAUUCGAGUCUACUCUCAAAGAGCACAUCCAGCUCAUAGAGGUGCCUGGGACUCAUUUUGUGCAUCUGAACGAGCCUGAGGUGGUGUCUGGGAUCAUCAGCAACUUCCUGACAGCGCAGAACGCCAGAGCCAGGCUCUAGGAAGCCCUCACUGCUGCUGCAGUCCAGGAGAACAGGGAGCUCAAAGUUGCCUCUGGAGAAAUCAUCACCAUUCCUACCUCAUAUCCAACAUCAGCUUCAUUAUACCCUUCCCUAAGACUCACCUCACUGUCACUGCAGGGCGGAAACAAGCCUGCUGGGGGUUCCCUGGAGGAGAGCUGAGCAGAGUAUCUCAGUUGUCAAAGGGAAAAAUGAAUCCCUCCUCCACUUGCAGCUCUGGGAGUGUGGGGAUAGAUGCCCUGAGCGGCCUUGCCUUUGCUCCCUCCUAACUUGCACCCUGAAAUGGAACAGGAAUGCAGGCAGGGGAAUCCUCUGUAGGAGCAGCCCCAGCUGUAGCACUGUGAGACACUUGGCUCGUGUCACCUCCUCCCUGAGGCUGGUGUGACCCACCUCCUUAGACCUACUGAAAAAAAACCAAGAAAGCAUUCUGCUUCUCUCCGUGGGUGUCUGAGCUCAGAGGGCCUCAGUGUCUGUUCUCCUCUGAGAGCUGCUGCUUGUUUAAAAACCUGCUCAAAUAAGAGCUCACCUGGGCAUAGAAGGUAAUUUCAAUGAACUCUGAGAGAAGGAAUCACUAAUCCUCUAGCUGAGGCAGCUGGAGAACUACUAAUAAUGGAAAAGGUGGCAGAGAUUAUUUCUGUCCUAGAUAAAGAUUAAUCUCCCAGUGUUAACUCUGUCUUCUUGACUGUAUAGGAGAGUGAACAUUCUUUCUUUUGGGUUGUAGCUACAACUCCAGUCUUCAGAUUUUUACAUGCAUUCUGCUUUAGAUGUGUCAUAUUAAGGAUCCAUCUGUCUCCUUAGUUAAACUGAUGCAAAAACAUAACAGAAACAAUCGUACCCGGCAGUCUCACCCUGCAAUGGAGGGUAAAUGCGUUUUAACUCAGUUCUGUGGAAAUUACCAGCAUUUCCACCUAAAACUUGCACUGAAACCCAUAUCAAGGCUGCAGACAGUAAAAUAAGUGUGUACAACC